GAGGAAAUAAUUGAGCGGCAAGGUGACCUACAUGGUGCCGGCUGACAAAUACAUGUACAUGAUGAGUCAAAAGACUAUCGCUUGAUUUGUAAUGAACACAGGCCUCCUUCGCCCUCUGUUGCGAGGACAUACCGCAUCUCGAUGUGUUUCAAGAAUUAAACACAGCUUCUCAACAACACCAGCAAUGGAGGGGAAGCCGGUUGAGAAGAACAUUCGGGAGAAGUUAGCAAAGGCUUUUCAGCCAGUUGUACUGGAAGUUAUUAAUGAAAGUGGCAUGCAUAAUGUGCCAAAAGGCUCAGAGACUCAUUUUAAGGUGGUGGUUGUUUCCAGUCAGUUUGAUAGUCAGCCAUUAAUAAAGCGUCACAGAAUGGUUAAUGAAGUACUUCAGAAUGAGUUACAGAAUGGUGUCCAUGCUCUCUCCAUAAUGGCCAAAACCCCUAGCCAGUGGGAAGACAGUGAGAAAAUCAUCGGGAAAUCCCCACCAUGCCAAGGUGGGGCUGGGUUAUGAGAGGAAACACCCUGAUCUUUUACCUACCAUGUCCCCCUGGAACUACAGUUCACCAUCACCAGGCUAGGGGAUUGAAUACUGAAUGUAAUGACACUGGGCUCUUUUCUGAGAAAUAUGCUGUUAUAAAUGUAACAAAAUGAAAUGAGCCCAUAUGUCGAUUUCUGCAUUUUUUAAGAUGAGUGAUGUACAGUAGUAGGUACCUUGGCCAAGAUCAAGUGUGAAUGAUCACUUGCCUUCAUGUCUUAGUAUUACAGAGGCGACAGAGCAUCACUCCCUCUCACUGUGUUGAGAGAGCAGCCACUUGUUAGACAGACCUCUGAACCUCAACCAGACUAACCCCACACACCACACACCACCACACAUGCUCACACACACUUUAGAAAUGGUUCUACUCACAUACAUUUUGAAUUUUGGAAACUUUUGUCUUUGAAGGUGAUAAGUGACGAUAUAAAGAUAUAACAGUAAACCAUAUGUGAUGUCUAACAAUUUCAUACAUUAAGAUGGUAGUGGGGAAUCAGUUCCGGAAAAAUAAGAUGCACGUGUAUAUACAUGUAUAGUUAUAAUGAGAAGGAAUAAUGGCGUAUUGUGGUGCCUGAAUCUGAUGAAGGCAAAACAUAUAAUACAGGUAUUACAAAAAAUAAAAAAAAAAUUGUACUUACCAAGUUAUAUCUAUAUGUGUAGUGUAUGUAUUAAAGCUUUUGUAUGAUCAGAA